AUGUCUCAGCCAAUCUGCCAAACCUAUGCCAAAAAUGCAACUACUCACCCUGGUCAGAUUGUCCUUGAUGCCCAGCUGAAGCGCCGGACCCGGGCAGAGAAGACAGCUGACGACCAGCAUCUCCAAGCAGCUCAGGAUGCCAAAGAAGCACUAGCUGUAGCAGGACUUAAUCGGCUUGCAGCAUUGCAGAAUGAGAUGGAAGAAGCCCAGGUCCAGUCGAUGAUGAAGAAGCCAAAGGCUGUCAGGCCUAGGCCACUAAGCAAAGAAGAUGAAUCGGCUCCAGAGAAGGCUGGCAAUAGCAGCAAAGCAGCAGUUCUCAGGUCGACAGAGGACAGUGAUUUAUUUGAUGAAGGCCUACCAAUCAAUGAGGACCUGGAAGAUGAUGAGACAAAGAAGAAGAAAAAAGGACGGAAGAACGCACCACAAUCACUCAAGGCUGCCAUCAACAAUGCUUCCAACAACUUGUUAGGGGCUGUCAUUGCCGGUCACAAUCAGCCAUGUGCACAAAACCUGAACAAGAAAGGCAACUCCUUACCACUGGCAAAGUCGACUUUGGGUGGCUGUAUUCAGAAUUGGAGGUCAACUGUCCCUGGAUCACAAAAGUCCGAGUUGGCCAGUCCAGGUGGUUCCCAGCUCGCUUCGCUGACUACCACCAGUCAACCUCCACCUUCCACCAUCUUUUCAAAGUCUCAGAUAUCUCACACAUCGAAUGCUACUUCUUUAAGCUCAAAUGCAUGUGAGAUUUCAAAACUACUGGUGCCUAUCAUUACAAGUAUGUCCAAUGUCUCUGAAGACACAGAUGAUCUGGUUGGAGGGUUAGGAGAGGACCUUGAUGAUUGGCAGGAACAUGAUGUGGCAGUAUCUGCUAAGGGCAAGUCUACGGUUGAAAUGAGGCCGGUCGCAGAUCCUGAACUUGUUCCCCCACCUCUGGCUCAAAGGCUCAGUGGUCGAGUCACCUCUGGAAUGAAGAGAAAGCUCGAUCUGCUCCACUUCUCUUCAGAUGACAAUUUAUUAACUCCCGAAGAAGACAAGAUAGAGGAGCUGGAGAUAGAGGACUUGGAGCUGGAGAUCGAGGGGCUAGAGACAGAUGAGCAAACAAUGGAGGUUGAUGAAAUAGAGACUCAGACGGAGGUUGUGAGGAAGCCAGUUGCAGGCAAGAUACAGCAGGCUACUAUGACAGUGAAAGCUCCAUGUACCACAGCUUCGACAUCCGUUGGUACCACAUCUCAGGUCAAGGCGCCACCACCCUCGAAGAAAGCAAGGAUCGAGAACACACCUGUAAAGUCUGAGCUUAUGGCGCCUGCCAGGUCAAAGGAAAAUGGCAGUUGGGUGGAACCACAGCCGAAGUCAUGUUGCGACCAAGAUAAUAAAUGGGCCAGGGAAUUUUUACCAACAGUGAUUCUUUGGCUUGGUACUCAAGACAAGCUUUGGGCAGUCUCAGAUCCAAACCUUCUCCACGCAUGUCAGGAAAUCUUCAAGGUUGUCUAUCCAAACAUUUGGUACCAGGUUGUGAUGUCUGGUUCAGUUUUCAGUGUUCAACUUUGGAUCAACUGCGCUCGCUAUGGUGAUGGAUUUUUAAUUGCAAACAAAGAUACUCUGGCAACGGAGCUUGCAACACUCCUCCUUGAGCACUAUGCGUUUCUGUACCCUGAUCCUGACAACAUCAACAAGGAUGCAACCUUCCAUUCGGCCUUUGUUCAAGAGCUUCUCGCCACUGCCCAUCUGUCUCGUAUUAUUGGGCAUGCUAAUGUUCCCGCUCUUGACACCAACACUCUAGCUAAAAGUGGCAUUACUGGAGCCCUUGGGUUGUGUGCUGUCUUGCUCGAACGCACAUUAACUCUGGUCGUUGAUAAAGCCAUCAUCAUCGACCAAUUGGAUGAUCUUGAGCCUGUACCUGGCACAGCACAGAAGGCCCGUCCAAAGAUGCCAAAGACAGUGAACCCAGCAACAGGUAAGGCAUCCUCAACUGAGCAUGCAUUCUCUGUCGGGAAGUGGGGCUUGAAAACUGCCACAUAUAUUCAAGGGGCACAAAAGAAAAGUGUGGAGGCAAUGCAACUGACAAUGUCAAUGGCAUACAAACACUUGAAGAAACCUGGCUUCAACAAGUACAGCAGCUCCGACUCAUCCGAUGAGAUGGACGAUUGUGCAGACAUCUGCCCUUUUUUACUCUCUUUAGAUCCCGUUUAA